CGGAGAUCCAACUCGCACAACAUCUCAAGGGCGACCUGAAGGACACAGGGUGGGAAGUUACUUUUCAGACAAAAAUGGGGAACUACAACAACAUGGCUUUCCUGGUCUUAGCUCUUGUAGGGUUUAUGUUCCUGAGCAAGGCUAAUGGCGCCAUCCAUUAUUAUUAUUUCCAUCUGCAAGAAACAAAUUUUACAAAGGUUUGUAGCACAAAGAGCAUCUUAACUGUGAAUGGAACUUUUCCGGGACCAACCAUCACUGUUAACAAAGGAGACACCGCUUUUAUCAAUGUCCACAACCAAGGAUAUUAUGGUCUCACUGUUCACUGGCAUGGAGUGAAGAAUCCAAGAAAUCCAUGGUCCGAUGGACCUGAAAACAUCACUCAAUGCCCUAUUCAACCAGGAACAAACUUCACGUACGAAGUUAUAUUCUCCAAUGAAGAAGGAACAUUAUGGUGGCAUGCUCAUAGUGACUGGACACGCGCCACCGUCCAUGGUGCAAUUAUUAUUCUACCGGCUGCAGGCACCACUUAUCCAUUUGCAACACCAGAUGCACAAGAAACAGUUAUUCUAGGAUCAUGGUUUAAGGGAGAUGUGAUGGAAAUAUUGGAAGAGGCUCUGGCAGAAGGGGGCGAUCCAAAUGUUUCAGAUGCCUUCACAAUUAACGGACAACCCGGAGCUUUGUAUAGUUGUUCCAAUGGGACAACAUACCGAUGGCUGGUUGAUUACGGUAAGACCUAUCUUCUCCGGGUAAUCAACGCCGUGAUGAACGAAGAACAGUUCUUCGGCAUCGCGAACCACACCCUCACAGUCGUAGCACAAGACGCUUCAUACACAAAACCUCUAACCACCUCUUACAUCAUGAUAACUCCAGGCCAAACCAUGGACAUUUUAGUAACCGCAAACCAACCUCCCAGCCAGUAUUACAUGGCUUCUCAUGCUUUUAUGGAUGGAAUUAAUGUUUCACAUCACAACGGCACCACCACUGCAAUUGUUCAAUAUAACGGCAACUACAGCACCCCAUCAAACAUUUCCCUUCCAACUCUUCCGGCGGAAGCCAAUACAACUGCUGCUGAUAACUUCAUUAAGCAAAUCAGGGCCUUGGCAAGCGAAGAGCACCCUAUUGAUGUCCCACGUAAAAUUCAUUCCAGGAUGUUUAUCGCUGUUGCAGUCAAUGAAAGAAUUUGUGCUAAUUCUUCAUGUGAAGGCCCCGAUAACAAUGCACUUUCUGCAAGCUUAAACAAUAUCAGUUUCGUGACUCCAUCCGUUGAUGUACUGCAAGCAUACUAUCAGGGAAAUAACAAUGGAGUUUACAGUUCCAAUUUCCCGGACCAUCCGCUUGAUCCUUACAACUACACUGGAAACGUGACUAGCAGCACAAUAUAUUCGGACUUUGGGACGAGGGUGAGGAUGAUUGAAUAUGGUGAAGGAGUUGAGAUCAUCUUCCAAGGAACCAACAUCAUCGCAGCUGAGAACCAUCCAAUGCAUCUCCAUGGUUUCAGCUUCUAUUUGGUCGGAACUGGUCACGGAAAUUUUGACACUACAACAUCACCCAAGACCUACAAUUUGGUUGAUCCCCCAGAAGUAAACACCAUUGGAGUUCCAAAGAAUGGAUGGGCAACCAUCAGGUUUAAAGCCGAUAAUCCUGGAGUAUGGUUUAUGCAUUGUCAUUUGGAAAGACAUACCAGCUGGGGAAUGGUAACUGUGCUCAUAGUUAGGAAUGGAAAUACCAAAGAAACCAGCAUCCUCCCACCGCCUGCUCAUAUGCCUCCUUGUUCCAAGUCUUAGAUAUUUCUUUGGUUUGGAAGCUCCAGAAUGUUGUCUGUGGAUUUCUAACAAAGAAUUGUAAGAUUCAAGUAUUUGCCUUUGAGUGACUAUAUAUGUUUUUCUUCAUCCUGAAAUAAGCCUGAUUUAUGAAUUA